ACUGCGAACACAGUACAGAUGACCAGAGACUGUAGACAGUACAGGGGAUGACCAAGAGAGGCAGACAGUACAGGAUAGAUGACCAGAGACUGCAGACAGUACAGGGGAUGACCAAGGACACUGCAGACAGUACAGGAGAUGACCAGGAGACUGUGGGGAGGGGAGGGAGGGGGAGCCGGGACCUGAAUUUGACAGUGUGGGCACCCGGGACCAUGACAGGGUCCCAGAAGACGCCGGGCCAUUCACAAAGUGCA